CGUUACCAUAGCGACUGGGCCUCCGGACCGUAGAUCCUAACUGCUUGCCAACAUCUUUGAGCUUCGGCAGCUCCAGAGGCCGGCAGAUAGGAAACUAUGUGAAAGAAUCUUCUGAUGUAAUAAUUUCUGGGUGUCACUGGAACAUUUGAUCAUCAUUCCUUUGGCAAUUCCAGUCUUCUAUGGAAGGUCAGUAGAAGCAUUUGAUUUAUUCACCUCUGCAGAAUCAGACUCAGACUAUUUUGGUGUUCUGUGAAUUAUGCCUUUUCGGUUUGGGACCCAGCCAAGGAAGUUUCCAGUGGAAGGAGGAGAUUCUUCAGUUGGGCUGGAAUCUGGGCUGAGCUCCAGUGCUGCCUGUAAUGGGAAAGAGAUGUCACCAACCAGGCAACUCCGAAGGUGCCCUGGAAGUCAUUGCCUGACAAUAACUGACGUUCCCAUCACUGUCUAUGCAACAAUGCGAAAGCCACCUGCACAAAGCAGCAAGGAAAUGCAUCCGAAAUAGCAUCAUUAAGUCUUUUGUAGAGGUUUGACUAGGUCAAGGGUAAUGGACAAGUAUCAUCUUAUGAUGUGAUAAACAAAUAAAAGCAGUGGCACCUUUGGACGAUGACAA